AUGCAGAACAUGGGCAAGAGCGUCAUGAGGUAAGUCACAUCCCGCUCACCCCUCCGCACGGCCCUCGACGACUGUUGCGAUCUGGCGACCGGGAAACUCACUCGCUGCCGGUCACGCCGCACAGGGUGGCCAAGAACUCGAUCAAGGGCUUCACCGACGCGCAGACCAAAGUGCGCGAUGCGACCUCCAACGAUCCCUGGGGACCGUCGGGUACUCAGUAAGUUUGCCUGCCCAAACGAUCGUGGCCCGUGGCGAUGGCGAUGGCCGGAUUGGUCUUAUUGAGCCGCUCCGGACCGUCUCCGGACACGGUCGAGUCGACCGGCAAGUACUGACGGCCGCUUAUCGUUGGCGUGACCCACAGGAUGAGUGAGAUCGCGGUCUUGACAUUCAAUGCGUGAGUAUGAUGCGUGCUCCCUCUUUGGCCUCAUCCGGUGGGGUCUGUAGUGCUUGUCACCGCCCGGCCCCUGUCGGACGAGGAGGACGGUCUGAAACUCAGCCACGGCAGACUACUGCGAUCCGCGAAGCCGAGAGCUGACCAGUCUCAAACGUCGUCACCUCGAUUUGCACAGUAACGACUUUGUCGAGAUCAUCGAGAUGCUCGACAAGCGACUCAACGACAAGGGCAAGAACUGGCGCCACGUCUUCAAGUCGUUGACCCUGCUCGACUACAUCCUGCACAAUUGA